AGGAUGUGCUGUCUGUUGCCUUCUCCGCCGACAAUCGUCAAAUUGUCUCUGGCUCACGCGACAAGACCAUCAAGCUGUGGAACACUUUGGCCGAGUGCAAGUUCACCAUCCAAGAAGAUGGACACACCGAUUGGGUGUCAUGCGUACGUUUCUCGCCCAACCACUCUAACCCCAUCAUUGUCUCGUGCGGUUGGGAUCGCACCGUUAAGGUCUGGAAUUUGGCCAACUGCAAGUUGAAGAACAAUCACCAUGGACACAAUGGUUACUUGAAUACCGUGACUGUUUCACCUGACGGUUCAUUGUGCACUUCUGGUGGCAAGGACUCCAAGGCUUUGUUGUGGGAUCUGAAUGAUGGCAAGAACUUGUACACCUUAGAGCACAAUGAUAUCAUCAAUGCAUUGUGCUUCUCGCCCAACCGCUACUGGUUGUGCGUUGCAUACGGUCCAUCAAUCAAAAUCUGGGAUUUGGCAUGCAAGAAGACCGUUGAGGAGCUCCGCCCCGAAGUUGUGUCGACCAGCUCAAAGGCCGAUCCACCACAAUGCUUGUCGUUGGCCUGGUCCACCGAUGGUCAGACCUUGUUCGCUGGCUACUCUGACAAGACCAUUCGCGUAUGGCAAGUCUCUGUCUCUGCUCACUAAGUUGAUGGCAGUUACGUACGCUUGAAUGCAGGAGCAUUUUUGUUUUUAAUUACAUGUUUUUAUACGUUUUUAUGACAAAAAGUAAGUUGCCCAUACUGCUGGGCAUUCAAUCCUAUAUGUAUGUAAAAAUGUAUGCGAAAAGAAAAAUGUGUACUGUAUUUAAAAUGUUAAUUCAUUGAGCGCUGAUUUGUUUAUUAUAUAAACAAAUAAAUAACAAGAAUGUCAAAAAAACCCAAAAAAAGAAAA